AUGAGGGAUGCCAACGUUUUUGCAUUCCGCAAGGCCAUGCCUCGAAUGAGUUGGUCUCCGCGUAACCUCUAUAACCUCUGGAGGCGAUCCUGUGGUGCCGAGGCCGAAGCCAUUAACUUCACUCGCUCACCCAAGACGCUGUUUCAACAGCGUUGGAUCUCGAAAGCACUCGUAGCUAAUGGUGAUCUCGAUGCGUUUGCUGGGCGUACCGAGCAACUGGAGAGAGCAAAAAAGAAAGCAUAUGACGAGAAAAGGAAAGGCUUGGCUCCUGUGGGCAGUUUAAUGCUUGCCGAGGCGCGAAGAGUUGUCAUUCAUGGAUCCAUCCUGCUAAAUGGCAAGAAGCAUACGAAUGCCAACACACGUCUAGCCCCAGGCGACAUGAUCUCCGUUGACCCUGCAGCAAUUCGUUUCCUCCAGGAGCCUGGGUCUUCCAAGGCAAAGUCCGAGGUCCUCGAAUCUCUCCCAGCCCAAUCCUCUGCAUCUACGAAGUCCUCGUUGACGCCUUUCAACCUUCCUCCAUACGCAUCUCCUUUCAUUUUUAUUCCUGCCUAUGCAGAAGUCUCCUUCCCCACCUGCAGUGCCAUAUACGUGCGCCACCCAACGGCACGCCCAGGAUACAGUGAAAUCCCAACACCUUACGACGCCGAUGGUGAAGUUAUUCGGCUGGCAUGGGAAUGGUACUCAAAGAUGCGUCCAAGGACAAGGAGUAAGAGCCAGAUGGCGAGGGAACCUGAGAACCGUCGGCCGAGCGAGUCAAUCUGA